AUGACAUCAGACAUACAGAUUGACUCAUCAAACAAAUCUAGAAGAGGGUCUGUUAAAUAUCUUAAAUUUGAUUUAGUUGGUGAUAAUUGGUUGCCAACAAUUUCAGAUUCCUCAAGUAGCAACAUUAACACAUUGCUCAAAGAUACAUUAAAAGAUGAGAAAAUUUGGAUUGCAAUUGAACUUGAUGGUUAUUAUAAAGUCUGUAAAAUUGAUGAAAGAGACGAAAAAGUUCCUACAUUUAAAUCAAUUGCAACAAUUGGUUUUAAAACUCAAAAUCGUGAAGUUAAUCCAAACAAAUGUUUAGGUGUUUCAAGAUCAAGUAGUAAUAAGAGAAUGGUUAUGUCAAUUUGUGGUAUAGAUCUAUAA